UUUUCAUCAGAUUGUAAUGCUUUUAGCAGCUUCUGACUGUGUGACAGAGGGACGCUUCUGGACACGUCAGCCCUGCAAGAUAAAGGCUGCUGAAGCGUGUGGAACAUCUGGACGGACAGAAGCUGAACCUGCAUCAUGAGAACAACUAGAGGAUCUUAACCACCAGCUUGAUUUCAGUGACGAUGGACCUGAGGAACGCCCCCUCUUAAUGUCAGCAGAGACCAUCAUGGAUGAAUUAGACAUCGGAGAAGAUGGCAGGAAAGACACGUCGGCGGCCCAGCCAGGAUUCCCCCAGGCGGACUCAGCUCUGUUCUACCCCCCUCCUCGGUCCCCGGACCCGGUCAGCCCGCUCACUCACCUGGGGUCUCUGCUGGCGGGACACGACGCACCGAGGACGGCCGGAUGGGACAGUAGACUGAACCUGGGGCUUCAAGGCUGUCAGUUACUGGGAACAACGAGGGAACCAGGAAGAGAAGCUCACGCAGACCAGAGUGUCACCAUCCUGCACGCCAAGGUCGCUCAGAAGUCCUACGGCAAUGAGAAAAGGUUCUUCUGCCCUCCUCCCUGUGUUUACAUCAGUGGUCACGGAUGGAGAGUCAUGCAGGACCAUCUGAAAGCUGCUGGCUAUGGAGACUCUGUGUAUCGAGUGUGUGGUUACAUGUGUCUGGACAGUUCCAGUCAGUCUCAGGCCGACACAUUCAAACUGGUCUUCGAUGAGCAGCCAAACUCCAGGAUGUUUGCCUGUGCCAAGUCGCUGUUCAUCUCUGAUCAGGACAAGAGGAAACAUUUCUGUCUGCUGCUGCGACUCUUUUUGGGCAACAGACAGGAAGUGGGUUCGUUCCAGAGCAGGAUGAUCAAAGUCAUCUCCAAACCGUCUCAGAAGAGACAGUCGAUGAAGAACGCCGACCUGUGUAUUUCGUCGUGCUCCAGAGUAGCUUUGUUCAACCGUUUACGCUCACAAACGGUCAGCACACGUUACCUCUCAGUGGACAGAGGAGCCUUCAUCGCCAGCGCCAGACAGUGGACAGCCUUCACCAUCACCCUGGUGGAGGACCAGCGUGCUGACCAAGGGGACUUUGUGCUGAGCGAAGGCUUCAUCUGUUACGGCUAUGUGGUCCAGUUAGUGUGCACCGAGUCUGGAGUAGCUCUGCCACCCAUGGUUAUUCGUAAAGUCAACAAGCAGCACGCCAUCUUAGACGUGGAUGAGCCGGUCUCUCAGCUUCACAAGUGUGCCUUCCAGUUCAGAGACAAUCCACACACAUACCUGUGUUUAUCCAAUGACGCCAUCAUACAGUACCAGGCACCGUCCAAUGUCAGAGACCCAAGCAGGGCGGUGCUGAACGACGGCUCCUGUUGGACCAUCAUCGGAGUGGAAGCAGUGGAAUUCACCUUUAAUCAGGGUCCUGCCUGCAUCCAGACACCAGUCACUCCUUUCCCUGUUAUCACUGGGUUAGAGGUGAAUGGUGGAGGACACGUCGCCAUGUUGGAGAUCAACGGAGAAAACUUCAGCCCUCAUCUCAAAGUCUGGUUUGGAAACUGUGAGGCUGAGACGAUGUUUAAGUCUCCCAAAUCUCUCCUCUGUGUCGUUCCUGAUGUCUCCGUGUUCAGUGACGGCUGGCGCUGUCUGCGCCGCAUCAUCACCGUCCCUCUGUCUCUCAUCCGAUUGGAUGGCCUGAUCUAUCGCACGUCCUUCAGUUUCACCUACACCCCUGAGCUCCAGCCACCGCCAUCCGUCCGAGGAGCAGCGGGAGGAGGGAAGAGAGAGGGAGGCGUGGACGGAGACCAGCAGGACGACAUCCUGUUAGAGACCAUCCAUCAGGAGUUCACCAGAGCCAACUUCCACCUCUUCAUGCAGAGUUAGACUCCCUGUCUGUCACCUGGAGACAGAGGUGGAGUCUUCAGGUGAAUGUUUGGAGCAAAGUCUGGUUAUCUUAAAGAAACUGAUUUUUACCGUUGUGGAUCAGUGCUGCUCUUGAGUCAAAGAACUGUGUGUAAAUUCUGGACCACAAUCUUCCCUCUUUGUCUUCUUAAUAGUUCAUGUUCAUUGGAUUAAAAUAUUCUGUGGAUAUGAUGGAAAAUCAGAUUAAAAAACUAAUUGUGAA